AUGGCGUCGCCCUUACUAUCGAGAUCGCCACAAUGCGUAUCCUGUAUCCGUCGUUCAGCUGGAAGAUUUGGAGAGAGACGUCUCUUUCCGGCUGGGCAGCAAAUCCGGGGAAAGAAGAAGACAGCGAGAACCGCGAACAAGGUCAACGCUCUUCUACGCGAAAACAUUGAUGGUUAUGGCAAGCAAGGAACUGUUAUUUCAGUCACUGCUGGUAUGAUGAGGAAUCAAUGGUUUCCCCAAAGACUAGCAGAGUAUGCAACAGCUGCCAAGCUACAAGAACUCGGUUUGAAGGAAGAGGAUGUCAUCCAAUUGGACAACAUAUCGAAAAGCAAGAUCCUCGCCGAUGAGAGAGAAGUCAAGAAAGCUGCGAAGGCAGAGGCGAAGGCUUUGACAAAGGCAAAUACGGAGGCUAAGGGUACUAUUCAAGAGCCAGUCUGGGAACCCGUUAAGCCCGUGGAGUUGGAGUUGUUGAGCCCCCAAGAAGCAACCCUGAUAAUAGCGAACCUCCUCCCCGCAAACCUAGAUUUCUACCGCCAACCCAUCGCCGUGGCCGAACCAGCCAAGAAACUCUCUCCAUCCCUCCAAUCCAAAGCCUCCAUCUCAGCCGCAGCAAAAGAAUCACACGGGCCAAAAGGAAAGACCAGUAUCUACGGCUCUGUCUCCACGGCAGAUAUUGCUGCGAGUCUCAAGGCGAUAUUGGCAGAGCAUGAAGAUGGGGCAAGGGUGGUGUUGAGUCCUGAAGAGAUUAGUUUUGUAGAGACUGAGGAAGAAGGGGAUCGGGUGAAGCAUUUGGGGGUUUUUGAGAUUGAUAUUUGGCUCAAGGGGGCGCCAGAUGCAGUGAGGAGGACAAUUAAAGUUAGUGCUCAAGGGUGA